AUGCAAGCGGCACGCAGCCUUUUAAACUGCGGGCUCGCCUCUGGCGUGGCUCUGCUAUCUCGCACUCAUUCCGACCGCUUCACCAACUCGUUCUUUGCUCCAACCGACCAUCUAGGGCCGAAGCAGGUCGCACAGCCCAGCCCCGCAUCCCCAGCUGAUGCAGACACCCUCACUGCCGAAGCCCCAUCGCCCGGCCAUCUCAAACGAGUUCUAUCGGCCUGGCUGAAUACGCUGAAGUCUUUGUCAACCCGUCGCAGCACAAGGCCGCAUGUCCAUCACUCUCGACUUCGCUCCUCCCAGCCCACACUAGAUCAUUCGCCAAAGAAGAAUGAUCCUUCCAUCAUGUCUUCUGCCGUCGUCCACCGAAAACCCCUCCAGAGGUCGUGUAGCUAUGAGCAAGGUGAUGACAGAACUACGACAGUCUACUUUCCAAAAGGAUCGUUGCAGGAAUCCUUCAAAGAGACGGAGCUGUGUGGCAUUUCCACUCGCGCAUCUUCAUCUGAUUCUUCCCGAGUAUCCUUCGCCAGCGGUAAAUCCUCCGAGACUACCAGCCGGCUGGACCUCCCUUCAAUCAAAAUCCCUGUCCCAGAACAGAACGAGGCCAAACAGUCGCUUCAGUCCGAAGGCACACACCAUCGCGCAUCCAAUUCAUAUCAGACUGACGAUCGAAAUCAACUCAGCUUCGACAAGAACGAUGUAUUACUCAUCUCUAUGAAGAGCGAAGAUGGAUGGUGGUACGCUAAGACGCUAUCAUCCCAUGAAGCCGGCUGGGUACCCUCAAAUUUCUUCGAUACCAAUCCCAUCACCGAACAUAUCACCGAUGUUUCUGUUGGGGGGCUGCCGCGGCGAUCGCGCGCCGUGCGCCGGAAGAAACCCAUGAACCGGCCUGCCAUAGUGCACGGCAGACCGGAGCUCGCUGGCGCCGAAGACUUUCAACUUCAACUCUACCGGCACUUCUCCCAGCAGCUCCUAUCGACACGCCAAUGCGCCGUAUGCGGCGAUUCCAAAGCCUUCGCCGAGUUUCCCGACGAGACGCGGCUGCAUUGUAAGCAUGCAUGGAGCACAUGCCGUGAAUGUGCUCAGGCCUGGGUCGCCGCUGAGCUCGAAACCAACGGGUGGGAUCACAUCAAGUGCACCGAGACCGGAUGCAAGGCCUUCCUCAACCAUACGGACAUCUUACAGCUGGCCGACAGUGCGACGUUUCAAAGAUACGACUCUCUCGCCACACGCGCCCACCUCAGCGCGCUGCCCGACUUUGUUUGGUGCCUUUCCGCGUCAUGCACGAGCGGGCAGAUCCACGAAGAUGGGUCCGGCCCUAUCUUCAAGUGUAUAGGAUGCAAGAAGCGCUUCUGCACGCAGCACAAGAUGCCGUGGCACCGUGGCGAAACAUGCGCGCAGUACGACCAGCGAGUGAGCCGCGAGAAGCAAGAAGAUGAGGAGCGGGCGACGAAGAAGAUGCUCAAGAAGACGACGAAGCAGUGUCCUGGCAAGUCCUGCGGCUGGAUGAUCGAGAAAAACCAUGGCUGUGACCACAUGACAUGUCGAAAAUGCAGACACCAGUUUUGCUGGGUCUGCCUGGCUCCAUAUGAACCCAUCAAAAAGCAUGGAAACAAGAGACACGCGGUAACUUGUAAGUACCAUUCGGACAAUUUGAAGUAA